AUGCAAGCCUGGUUGAGCUUCGCGCUUGUGCUGACGGCGCUUCGCAUCGAAAUCGUCACAGCCGAACUGCAGUAUGACCCGUGGCAGGAAGACACUCAAUUGGACAGCAUCAAGACUUCGGAUAAUGUUAUAUUCUUGGCGCCCUACCCGCGCAAAAUUCAAGGCGGCGAGUUGUAUGGAUUCGCGAACGCCGAACGAGCCUGUCGGGAGUCCGGCCAGGCGUUCCACGCCGAUGGCGGCUUCCGUGCCCUCCUCACCACGCACAAUCGACCGCUCUCGAAGAUUCUGCCCAAACACAUGUACAACUUGUCUGUUGUUAACAUCGAGGGCGAUUUGCUGGCGGAAACGUGGGGAGAUUUCAUUGAUGGGAAAAUUACCGAUCACCCACUGAUUGCAAUGGACGGCACAAAAGACCACAUCGGUCCCAGAUGGAGUUGGAAGUACUUUUGGCUGGGCGAUGGCUAUGGUAGGACGUGCGAGCACUGGCUCUCCAGCUACUUCAUGGACGUCGCCAACGUGUUCGCCUUCGACUACCAAUCCGGGCAGGUCGUCAACGAAAUCUCCUCCUGUUCGGCCAGCCUCCAUCUGCUCUGCUACUCCGUGUGUGACGAGUACGGCAGUUUCCUUUAG